AUGAAGUUGAGUAACGCCGCCCUCCUCGUCUUUCUGACAUCUCUCCAAUCGGCUGUUGCAAAUGCCCUUCCAUCAGAGAUAAACUUACGCCGCAGUCACGGCUCCAAGAAUGACACCAUGUUACAAAUAAUCCCGGACGUUGACCUCAACUUCAACGUCAUGGCCACCUUGGCCACAGCUCCCUACCAAGGGGCGGAUAUCGGGGAGAUCCUCGUCGCGGCGAGUCAGAUCAAGACGGGCGACUUCGAAAGCUACUAUCAAGCGUACUACGACCUUGCGACUCGUGUUCACGACCAAGCAAAAGCAAUCGACUGCAAGAAGCAUCCUGUUUCUGCGCGAAAUGCGUUCUUCAGGGCCGCGACAUACUAUCGCUCUGCUGAUGCAUUCCUGCAUGGGAACUGGAGUGAUCCUAGGAUCAUGUCGCUUUGGAAGCAGCAGGCCGAUGCCUUUGACAAAGCAAUGCAGCUCCUGCCCAUUCCCGGCGAGCGCGUUGAGCUACAGGCUGACAACUUUACUGUCCCUGCUAUCUUCUUCAAGACGGACAAGCCUGGUCGUCGCCCUACUGUCAUCCUGGGCAACGGAUAUGAUGGCUCCAUGGAAGACCUGUAUCAUACCAUGGGCGAGGCGUUGACACAGCGAGGCAUGAAUGCUAUCGUCUAUGAGGGACCAGGACAGCCAACCGUCCGUCGGUACCAAAGCCUUGGCUUCAUCCCUGAGUGGGAAAGGGUCGUCACACCGAUUGUUGAUUAUGCGCUUUCUCGAAAUGAUGUCGAUGGCAGCAAGCUUGCGCUAAUGGGAUUCUCGUUUGGCGGGAUUCUUGCGCCUCGUGCCGCAGCCUUUGAGCAUCGUCUAGCAGCAGUGAUCGCCCUCGACGGGAUCUUCGAUUUCGGCCAAGUAAUGUUCAAGCAAUUUGGACCGGACAUCACUGAGCUAUUUAAAGCUGGCAAGAAAAAGGAGGUUGACGAAGAGGUCGCCCUGGUUCAGAACAACGCGAGCAUGCCUUCGACUCUUCGAUGGGGCAUCGAUCAGGGAGAGUGGUCAUUCAAGACUCACUCGGCCUACACGUUGCUGGAGAAAUCCCAGGGGUUCACCUUGAAGGGCAUCGUGGACAAGAUCAAGGCGCCUGUUUUUGUAGGAGACGGUCAGAAUGAUAUGUUCUUCCCUGGGCAGGCGAAAGAGUUGACGGAGCAGCUUGGAAGUCGGGCGACGUAUCAUCUCUUUGAGACGACUUCGGGAGCUGGACUUCAUUGUCAGGUCGGUGGUUACGUGCUGAUGAACCAGGUUUCGCUUGAUUGGCUCGAGGAUGUGUUUGCGAAUCAGACCAGGCACAACUGA